AUGCUGCCCAAUUCUCUCAGAGGCUCUUACACCAUCUACAAGGAGGAUACAGACUCAGUUGCGACUUGGCUGGCAUCAACGGCUAAACAAUGUGGCUAUGCCUUGGAUUGCCUCACCAGGCCCGGAGAUGAUCUAUCUUCUCAGAAAGGGCCGAGAUUGAAAGGGAAGGCUCGUAAGCUCGCUAAGGCAGCAACCUCGGCCAAGAGCAAAAGCUCAGAGUCUACUGCACACUCUGGCUCGACGACCUACACGAUUGCCGUCAAAGACUUCAUACCUCUAGCUGAAUACAUUGUCGCCUUUCAGAGACCACCCGUCAGAAUCCCUUCCUCUUUUGUCCGCGUUCUGGAUCGUGCUAUUGCUCUACGAAGAAAGCACAACUCCUGGUUCAGUAAUGCUGAGAAGUGUUCGAAAGACGAUGGCCAUAACUUCUUCCUUGGUGUGCUCGAGCGCGUCCGUGAAACGUUGAAGUCACGCAUGCCUUCUGAUACUGUCGACGAUCGUAUGACCAGACGCCCCGUAGGCUCCACCACGAAGAGCUCUGACAAAGGCCACAUCGACAAUGCGUUCGCAGCUCUGAGUUUGGAAGAGCCUGGUGACGAGUUCCUCGACGCUCCUCCACCUGAGAAAGUCACCGGCAUUCCUGUCAAGCUCGACGACAAUUCCCGUUACGAGGCUGAACGACUCCAGCAGGCUGAAGAGCAAUACCUUGCUGCUCACUGUUUGUUGGCUGACGUCAACGCCAUCAGAGCUUGCAUCAAAUCACUAUGGAUCAUGUAUCGCAAUGGGCAGAUUGAUCUGCAAUCAGCUUCCAUUACAACAAACACCGCUGUUGAGCUCGUCCGCCACAUACAGGAAGAUUACGAUAAGAACUUCCCUAACCAUGCGGACUAUGAAGGUCUUAUCGAGACCUUGUACGUCGCUCGAUGCAUAUCUGAAGGCCAAGAUCCCGACCACAGGCAGAGACCCGACGACAUAAUCAAUAUGGCAAUGUACGAUCUUGCUGACCAGGUUCUUCUGACAACUUACACCAUCCUGGCCUCCCUGAGUGAUGUGGUCACGCCUGGCCACAUUCCUCUUUACAAGCCUGGUCACUUUGGCUUUCGCAAUCUCUCUACAGAAUGGUCACAGAAGACUCCGCAUGACAAGCUUCAGGAUGACAAACUUGUGCUGCUUGAAGCUUUCUCCGGCUUCUCUGCUAUAGCCAAUGUCGGUUGUUUUGCUGAAGACGAAUUGAUCAGAGGUGUCAGGCAGAUGGCGCCAGGCAAGAAGAUUCCUCUGUGGCUCACCUUUGCCUUUCAGAAUUUCCUUGAUAUUCAACAUGUCAUGGGCUCUGAAGCAUCGAGAGCAGUUGUUGAACUCCAGACUGCUGCCGAAGAUAUUGAGACUUCCCUCAAACAAAACUCUGAGUUUCACAAGAAUCUGCACACCAAGACUUGGGAUGCUCAUAAUGACCGAGCGUUGGAUUCCAUCCAGAACGUCAUUGACACUUGGAUCAAGCAGGAUAACGUUAAGAAGAUCAUCGAGAGGUCACUUCUCAGGAACCCCACCAUCGCUGCACAGAUUAGUGGUGAGCCAUUCGAGCUACUCAGGCAAUACCCGUCACUUUGUGGUAUCUGGCUGUUCUCGUUGAGAUAUUUGAUGCAAGGUGCUGGUAUGACUCUCUGCAACUCGUGGAGCUCAGUCAUAUAUGCGGCACAUUUGUACAAUGCAGUUCGACAAGAGAAACUUGUGAAGGGCAUCUGGAAAGAUAUGGAGUUGGCACUGUUGUUCCAAGGAACUGAUAAGAUUUUCAUCGGUGACCGACCAAAGAAACCUGAAGAUUACCUCAAGCGGUUGAAACUCUGCAUAGGCGUCUCGGUCACUUCUCUGGCUAGGAACGCCAGAAAGACUACUCCUAAGGCCUCGCAAAAGGGAGCUCGCGGUUUCGAGAACAUAUCCACACUGUCACGGUUGUUUGCUCCGCGCUACGCUCAUAAUGGAAGAUCACUGUCCACUGAUCUAGACGCGGUGGAAGAACACGUCAAGAGUCAGUUCAUCACGGCAUCAACGCAGAGAAGAUGCAUACACAGUCAAAUGCUAAAUUCUCGACCUUCCAAACAGAUCACCUCGAAGUUCACUACCAAGUCUAGACUCAGAGCCGGUACCUUCCUCGAAGGCGUUGCCAAUUCGCUCCAGUCUGAAGGUAUGCACCUGACCUUUGACUACUUCCGCCUACACCGUUUCUGUUGGAUGCUCCUCCGUAAUGUCAGAGACGCUUGCGCGGACUUCAUACGCCAAACAUUUGGUCCCGGACACCUGGAGCGCGAGGAUCAGUUGCCAUUUGUUGUUAUCUAUUUGUUCAAGCGCGCUUUCGCGAAAGACAAAGCAGGCAAGAGUGGUGGAACGGAAGCGAGGAGUAAAAUCUUCCUUGAAGCUGCGGGAGCUAUACAGAAUAUGAUUGAGACUGGUGGGGGAGGUAUCUGUGUGAAGAUGAUGGAAGAGUGUUACGGCUAUGAUGUGGACUGGGAUGACUUCGAUUGUCAUGUCUAG